AAGCCUGAAAUAAUGAAGACACAAGUGAAGAGUUAACUUUUCUUGCUUCCUGACUACUAAUAUCUUUAGAAAUUGCAAUAUAUAAUAAUUAAUAAAAUAUAAUUAAAAUAUUAUAAUGAAUGUUUAAUAAAAGUUAUCGAAAUUAUAGAGAAGAAAAAGAAAGGUGGAUAAGAUCUAAAUAUGAAUUAAAAGAAUUCUUAGCAUCAACAAAUUCUUCUAUGACAAUUGGACAGCAAUUGAUUGAUUCAGUCUGCAAGUCAGAUAUUAAAAGUGUAGCCUUAGUCCUUGCUCACGUAACAAGUCCUGACCAAGUCAAUGUUCCUGUUAGUCCCAGAGAUAUGCGCUUACCUCUUCAUUUAGCAGCUGCUCUUGGAAAUUUGGCAAUUUGUCAACUAUUAAUUUGGUAUAAUGCUAACGUGAAAGCUAUAGAUUCUGACGGUAGGAGUCCAAUGGUCUAUGCAAAGAAUGCAGGCUCACAAGAGAUUCAAGAUCUGCUGAGAAACAAUGGAUGUCCAGAUACUGUCGUUCACACUUCAAACACCAUGCCAAAAAGAAGAGGUAGUCUCUCCCAAAAAUCUUCAGAAGUAUUUGACAAAUUGCCUGCUAGUAUUAUAUAAAGUCAGUAAUUGUGGCCAAACAAUAACAUUCUGGAGAAAGGGAAAGCUUGAGAAGUACAUUAACCAUACCAGCACAUAUCUAAUGCCAAAAAUGUAUAGAGAUGAGUUUUUAUUUUCUCAACACAAGAUAGUAUUAAUGCUUUUAAAAAGGCAGCUUAUAUAAAUAUUUUUUGCAAGUAGGAGAUAUUAAUGUGCAAUUUUGACUGAAUUUUAUUACAGAAAAAUUUCUAUAUCAUUUAGAAUUGCUGCCAACCUUUGUAUACUGUGAUCAGAAAUAUUUAUAGUGAUGAAAAUCUUCCCACCCUAAACAUAAAUUUUAUCUCUGAAUUAAUCAAAUAUUUUAGGAUUUUUUAUAUAUAUUUUUUCCUCUCCUUUACAAAAGUCGGACAUUAUUUAAAUUUUCGAUAGACAAUCUAUAUAAUGUUCAAAUUGAACCGAUAUUUAAAAAAAAAAACUUCUCAAAGCGUAACAGGGUAAGCCUUGCUGGUCCUUUUAUUCGAGAUAUAAAGAUAUUUUAGCAAAUAAUUGCUUCUUAACAUAUUGCCUUUAGUCCAGAUCGCUCAUCAAUUGAUUAUAUUUGGAAAAAAUCUUAGAUUUUACACUGCCAGUUAUCUUCUAAUAUGAGCGUUAUUUAUAAAAAGCCAUGUAUUAAAACAUAAUUUUUCUCUUUACAAAAUUAUAAAAUGUACUAAACUUACUAAGAGUUUGAAAAUUUAUUCCAAAAAUAAGAAAAUGAUAAUUUCUUAAGAUUUUGCAAAUUUGUCUCCAAAUACCUGCACUUGUACAGAAUUUGUAUUAUUUGUACAGAAAAUAAAUAUUUAUAAUAAUCAAUGAAAAAUAGAAAGCUAGUUGUCUAACAUGACGUAUAAGAAAAGUCAAUGAUCUGUUAAAUUAAAUACACAUUGAGCUGAUCAAAAAGAAAUAUUAUAUAUGAUAAAAUUCUACAAUUUGUAUAAUUUACUUUUGCCAGAAAGAGUUUUUUUUUGAGGAAAGAAAAACUCUGCAGUUUUUUGUAAAUAUGUAAUUAUAAUAUAUAGAAUAAUAUAUUAUUUUCAUUCUUUCUAUUACAUUUCUUCAUCUAGUCUUCCCCAGUUUAUGUAAAGGGGACCACAAUCUUACGAACUUGCAGCAUACAUCAUGUUAUAAUCAAUUCAUGUUCUCACUGUGUGCUUUUGUACAAAUUAGUUUAAUCUGUAUGAUGUGUGUUUGGUUUUGUAAUUUGUAUAAUAAUUGCACCUUGUUAUUGUGUACAUGUCAUUUCAAUGUUACAAAUUAUAUAAUUUUUUUUCUUUUUUUUUCAAAUAAAUGUACUAAAUACUGGA